AUGGCUGUUUUGACUGUUGUUUUUGUCAGCUUAGCUGGUUUAUUUCUGUACACGAAUGCUGCCGAUACGGUUACAGUAACUAAAAAGGUUUUCAUGGACAUUGAAAUUGGUGGAAGAAAGGAAGGGAGGAUUGUAGUUGGUCUUUUCGGCAACACUGUACCAAAAACCGCUGAAAACUUCCGUGCCUUAGCAACCGGAGAGAAAGGUUACGGGUUCAAGGGCUCCAAAUUCCACCGUGUCAUUAAGGACUUUAUGAUUCAAGGAGGCGACUUCACUCGAGGAGAUGGGACUGGAGGUAAAAGUAUCUACGGUGAUCGAUUUGAGGAUGAAAACUUCCAACUUUCUCACUACGGGCCGGGUUGGCUUAGUAUGGCUAAUGCUGGCAAGGAUACUAACGGGUCUCAAUUCUUCAUCACAACGGUCAAAACACCAUGGUUGGACGGCCGCCAUGUUGUUUUCGGUAAAGUUCUAGAAGGGAUGAACGUGGUACGAAAAAUAGAGUCAACCAAGACGCAGCCGGGUGACCGUCCGGAAAAAGAAGUUGUUAUUGCGGAUUGUGGCGAACUGCCAUUAGAUUCUCCUUUCGAAACAGCAAAAGAACCAGUCGCGUAA